AUGUGGGUCCUCGUGCUGCUGUGGCCCGUGGUGCUGGGGUUCAGCCUGGAAGAUGACAGCCAGAACACCCUCACCUACGACGAGAUGGGGAGCGCGGGGGCAGAUGGCACGCUGGGGCCCUUGAGCGGGCCCCAGGAGGAGACCCCUCACUCACCCCACCUGCGCAGCUUCCCCGGCCAGCUCCAGGACAACGGCAGCAACGUCCUGGAGCUCCCAGACAGCUCUCGGGCCCUGCUGCUGGGCUGGGUGCCCACGAGGCUGGUGCCCGCGCUCUACGGGCUGACCCUGCUGGUGGGGCUGCCUGCCAACGGCCUGGCGCUGUGGGUGCUGGCCACCCGGGUGCCGCGGCUGCCCUCCACCAUGCUGCUCAUGAACCUGGCGGCCGCCGACCUCCUGCUGGCCCUGACGCUGCCGCUGCGCGUCGCCUACCACCUGCAGGACCAGCACUGGCCGUUCGGCGAGGCCGCCUGCCGCGCCACCACAGCCGCGCUCUACGGCCACAUGUACGGCUCCGUGCUGCUGCUGGCCGCCAUCAGCCUGGACCGCUACCUCGGCGUGGUGCACCCGCUCCGGGCCCUCAGCCUGCGCGGCGGGCGCCUGGCUGCCGGGCUCUGCGCCGCGGCCUGGCUGGCGGCCGGCGCCCUGGCGCUGCCCCUGGCGCUGCAGCCGCAGACCUUCCGGUUGUCGCACUCGGACCACGUGCUGUGCCACGACGCGCUGCCCGUGGGCGCCCAGGCCUCCUACUGGCGGCCCGCCUUCCUCUGCCUGGCCGUGCUCGGCUGCUUCCUGCCGCUGCUCGUUAUGCUGCUGAGCUACGGGGCCACCCUGCGCGCGCUGGCGGCCGGCGGCCCGCGCUACGGCCACGCGCUGAGGCUCACCGCGCUGGUGCUGGCCUCGGCCGUGGCCUUCUUCGUGCCCAGCAACGUCCUGCUGCUGCUGCACUACUCGGACCCGCGCCCGGACGCCUGGGGCGACCUGUACGCCGCCUACGUGCCCAGCCUGGCGCUCAGCACCCUCAACAGCUGCGUGGACCCCUUCAUCUACUACUACGUGUCUGUGGAGUUCAGGGACAAGGUGCGGGAGGGGCUGCUCUGCGUGGCUCGGGGCACCUCCGCAGCCUCCAGGGAGGGGGCCGCCCAGGGCACUGGCACCCGGUCCACCUCCCUCGUGUGA